GACGUUUUCCAUUCCCACUCUGCGAAACCCACGUUUAUAUGAAUCACGGCACGAGACAUUUUCUCUCUCUCUCUCUCUCUCUCUCUCUCUGUAAAAUGAUGGAAGAAGGAGAAGCAUCAAUGGCGCGCGCGGAGGGCAGAGCGGCCAUUGAAAACGAGCCCAAGACGCUCAGCUUCCAUCAGAUAAAGCUUGCCAGGGAGGCGGCUCUCUACGUGGUGAACACGAGCACCAUGGAAGAGGCCCUGAGGAUCUUCACCGAGGGCUUGCAGCCAGUGACCUGUUGUGGCAACAGACGCGAUCAAGAGGAAGAGCGUAACGACGACAAUCACGACGGCGAAUCCCGGCUGCUGUCUCCGAGGGACGCCGUUUCCGCGCCGUUCUAGCUCGCUCCCGCCGGCGGGCGGGCGGAUGCUUUGUACAGAUGGCACUGGACUUUUCGUCUUUGAUGCGCUUACCGAUAUUUCAUUGAUUU